AUGGCUCUCCGAACCGUUGGCGCGAUAGCUCUGUCUAUCUCCGCCGCCUCCGCCUUCCAAGGCACCUCCCCGCUCUUCGUCGUUUCGUCCUCCCCCGCCAUCCCCGACUUCGCCAGCAAGAACAUCCUCUCCGCCGCUGCCGCCGCCCAGUCCGUCGAGCAGCUCCUCGCCGGCUGUCCCUCCGAAACCUACGUUGUCGUCAGCCAGCCUGGCGUCUCGUCUACCGACUUCGAGCACAAGUGGUCUGCGCCUUGGCUGCGCUCCAAGUUCCGCAACACCGACGCCUCCAUCACCACCGGCUCCAUCAACGAGGUUAUCGGCGGGACCAACGCCGACGAUGUGGCCAACUAUGUGCAGAGGCAGUGCAAGGCCGCCCGGAUGAACGUCGACGCAUCGAAUGAUUACAUCUCCCUCGGCGAUGCUUCUCCGCGUGUCAUCAAGCUCGACUUCGUGGCUCCAUCCACCUCUGCUGCCGAGAGGACCGUCGAGCUCACUGAGAACGACUCGUUCCUCGACGCCUUGAUGUCAAGCGUUCAAGAAAAGAGCUACACCGUCAUCUAUACCACCACCCCUCCCGUGGUCAACCAGAUUCCGCCCCCCAAACAGCAGCACCCAGUCCAGGGCUACGAGAUGGACGACACAUUCCCUCUCCACACCGAGAUGAAGCGUGCUCUGUCGGACCGCGCGAAGACUGGAGAUGAUGUGGCUCUCUUUGAGAAGUAUCAGUUCCUCUCGCCAGGCAUCUUCAUGGGUCUUUCUGUUAGCAUUGUCCUUUUCCUCAUCCUCUACGUCGGCGUUACUGCUGUCGCCGGCCUCGAAGUCUCCUAUUUUGCUUUCAGCAAAGAGAUGGGCCCUACUGCGCAAAAGAAGCAGCAGUAA